AUGUCAGGUGGCCUCCUGAAGGCACUGCGCAGCAACUCCUACGUCAAGCUGAGCCAGUACUGGGACCAGCACUUCUGGCUUGACAAUGAAGAACAGGAAAACUUACUGAAGAAAAGCUGUACAUUGUAUGUUGGAAAUCUUUCCUUCUAUACAACUGAAGAACAAAUCUAUGAACUCUUCAGCAAAAGUGGUGACAUAAAGAAAAUCAUCAUGGGCCUGGAUAAAAUGAAGAAAACAGCAUAUGGGUUCUGCUUUGUGGAAUACUAUUCAAGAGCAGAUGCAGAAAAUGCCAUGCAGUACAUAAAUGGAACGCGUCUGGAUGACCGGAUCAUUCGCACAGACUGGGACGCAGGCUUUAAGGAGGGCAGGCAGUAUGGCCGUGGUCAUUCUGGGGACCAGAUACGAGAUGAGUAUCUUCAGGACUACAAUGCUGGGAGAGGAGGCUAUGGAAAACUGGCCCAAACCUGUGAGUGGUGA